AUGGAAGGAGAUCAAAUAUGGGAUAAUAUGAAUGAAAGCUUGGAUUCUUACGAAAAUUAUGAUGAUGUUUUGCUUCAUGAUCCUCUUGUCCAAUGGACAACCAUAUUAGUCGCAGCUAUUUAUAUUUUGACGAUGAUUAUUGGAAUUCCGGCCAAUAUCUAUGUCCUUCACCGCAUGCGAAGAUUAGCAAAAAGUGACGUGGAGAGAUAUCGUAAUGGAACUGGCAUAGCUCUCUGCUCUAUGUCAGCAGCGGAUUUGUGUUCAUUACUAUUAAUUUUCAGCCAAAAUAUUCACCAAUCUUUUGCCAGUGAAUCCAACAGUCAGAUAAUGCACUUGACUUGCAAGGCGAUGCUGUUUUUAACACACACUGUCACGGGAAUUUCAAUUUGGUCUUGGCUUCUGUUAUCUUCGCUGAGAUAUUUAGCCAUUUGUCAUCCGCUUUAUCACCUCCGUUUGUGGCAGAUGCCGUACAGAGCCCUCGCGUUCAUUAUAAUGAUGUCAAUUCUGUUGAAUUUAUGGUUGCUUGUCGCUGUGGAAUCUACUCCUUUCGGAUGCACGCAGGUUCUACUAAUUCGUGAUUCGAUGACUCCAAACCGUCUGUUUCAUUUGGUUGAAAUGAUUUGGUCCUUCUGUAUUCCACUAGCCGUGAUAGUCAUUAUGGAUACAAGUGUUCUAAUCAAACGAACCUCGUUCCCACGUUGGAUCCGUCAAAAGCAUAGAAGGAAAUCGGCUCUGGAAGAGAUUAUAAAGCUUACACGUAGUACCAGUAUGCGUUUGAAAUUCCAGCAUAGACAUCAGAAGGCUUUGUGGAAAUGGUUGAUAAUCGCACUUAUCUGCAUUCUACUCAAUGCCCCUGAGAAUAUAUAUCGCCUUGUUAUGCUUUUCUCAAUCUCAGCAUUCACAGAGGAAGAGGAUGCGCUACACUACUCGGCAAGAAUGGUAGCGCAAUCCUUCUAUUUUAGUCAGUUUGCCUUCAACGCGAUCUAUCUCUCAGUUUUCGUUUAUGAUAAAAGUACGAGAUGCAAAACAGAUACUUUUCCUAACAAUAACUCAGUGAAUCUGCCAAUUCGAAGCCGUCAUUCAUCUCAUUCCGAACUAGAAAUAGCAUCAGCUGGAUCUCUCAAGCGACUCCUGCAAGGAGAUGUGAAAAUAGCACGAGUAUAA